AUGCUGCUAAAGUGAACUCAUUCUCUGUAAAACUGUCUGAAAGUAAACAAGUUCUUUGUUUUAAUUUGAGUCGUCAGUAGGGGUGUAACGAUAUUUCGCAGUACGAUAUUUCGCGAUGCAAAAAUGUUACGAUAUGUAUCGUAAAAUGGUGGCGAUACUUAAACGAUAUGACGGCAGUCUAAUCCUAUUGGUUGAGCUGCUGAUGUGACUUACUCUGCAACAGCGCCAUGUGUGGUUUCCUCAAAGUUGAAGAACUCGCUCAAGCUGAACAUUAGUUGAGAAACAUGAGUUCGGUUGAAACUGAAAUUGAAGAUGCCCCAUCUUCUUAUAAAUCCGAAGUCUGGCAGCAUUUUGGCUUUCCAGUCACGCGACAGGACGACGGUAAAAAAAUUACAGACAAAACACAAACUGUUUGUAAACACUGUAAAACAAGACUGCCAUACACAACGUCAAACACUUCGAAUAUGAUGUGCCAUUUAAAACGGCAUCACAACAACAAACUUCUGCAAACUCCUUCGACAAAAAGAGUAAAAGAAGGCCAAACAUCUAUACAACGCAGUUUUGCUGCAACAUGGUCUCAGUCAAGUGCGAAAGCUCAAGAAAUAACUAGGUGCAUCGGAGUUUUUAUUGCAAAAGACAUGAGACCAUUUUCCGUUGUCGACAAUGUUGGAUUUCGUGAAUUGGUCAGGGUACUGGAGCCCAGGUAUCAUAUUCCGUCACGCCCGCACUUCAGUCAAGAGAUAGUUCCAGCCCUGUACUGCGAAGCUAAAGCAAAGGUGGUCGACGGUCUGAAAAAAGCUGAGAAUGUGGCAAUAACAACGGACGGGUGGACUUCGCGGGCUUGUCAGAGCUAUAUUACAGUCACUGCGCAUGUUAUUACAGCGGAGUGGGAAAUAAAAAGUUUUGUGCUUCAGACUCGCCCACUUUUUGAGUCACACACUGGAGCUAACAUAGCCGGAGUUUUAAAAGUGGCUAUACAAGAGUGGGGGCUUGAAAAGGCUCCUCAUAGUACUGCUGUUGUUACUGACAACGCACGCAACAUGGAGGUGGCAGUGAGAGAAGCCGGGUUGUCACCGCAUAUUAAGUGUUUCGCGCACACACUGAAUCUCGCGUCGCAAGCAGGUUUAAAUGUUUCUCGCGUGAGUCGCCUGCUUGGUCGCGUGAGAAAAGUCGUGGCUUUCUUUCACCGCAGUGCCACAGCAACAGCUGUGCUCGCUGAAAAGCAAAAGAUGCUUGAGAUUGCAUCACAUAAGCUUAUCAUGGAUGUUGUAACACGUUGGAACAGCUCCAUGGAUAUGCUGGAACGCUAUCUCGAGCAACAAGCGGCUAUAACUGCAUCUCUCUUGAGCACAGAGGUGCGCAAAAAUGCCCGUCAACUUGAUACUCUGGAUAGCAACGACAUCACUGAUGCAGAAGAAAUAGUAACCCUUCUCAAACCUUUAAAAAAAGCCACCAGUGUUCUGUCUGAUGAAAAGAGCGCCACCCUGUCACUCAUUGUGCCCUUGAAAUCCAUGAUCGAGCAGAGCAUGACACUGGAUGAGAAGGACUCCACAACUAUAGCUAACAUGAAAGCAGCCAUCCUGCAAAACCUCUCAGGCAGAUACUCAGAAGUACACGAUUAUCUGCUAGAGAGCACUGCACUAGACCCCAGAUUUCGAUCGUUGCCCCAUCUGCUCCCUGAACAACGUGAAGAGGUUUUCCACAGGUUGAUGGACAAAUCAAACCAGUUACAGCAGGCUGGCACUGUGGAGCAAGCAGAUAAGAGGGAGGGAGGUGCCAGUGAUGGAGAUCCCACUGAUGCAGCAGAGAAGAGAGAGAUAACACAGAGAGUUGAGCAAGAGCAGCCACCACCUAGCAAAAAGGCAGCACUGGAAGAUCUCCAUGGUGCAACAUUUGCUAAACCAACAGUCUCUCAGUCUAGAUGUAGGAUAGAAGUAGAGAUUGAAAUGUACAAAAAAGACACUUCUAUUCCCCUCACUAGCUGUCCACUGAAAUGGUGGAAAGAAAAUGCUCAAGCGUACACUGUAAAAUUUUUUGCCGUUAAAUAACAGUAAUUUUCUGGCAGCAGGGGUGCCAGUAAAGUACUGUUAAUUUACAGCUCUUAACCAUUAAUUUACCACUCUUAUUUUUUAACAGUAUUUUACCGUAAAUUCUACCAUGGAAAUUAACUCCACUCCCACUGCUUCAAACAGUUCGAGUUUUUAAUCUAGCAUUCCUACGAUGUUAGUACUAUGAACUUAUUUCAUUUGAGUCCACUGAGAAGGAAUAUUUCUUACACUUAAUGUGCAGUAAUAAAGUAACUAAAUACAUGACUUUUACUCAAAUCACUGCAGCUCAUUGUCAGCUGUAUUACACAUGUAUGUGCUGAAGUACUUAACACAGAGAUCACCACUGUAUCAGCGACUCCACAUUUACUGCCUUUAUAUAAAGCAGCAGAAAAUCAGAAUUUGUGGCUCAUCAUUGACUGAAGCACCGGCUCUACUCUCCAGCACAAUGGUGAACAACAAAACCAUUAAACUAAACGAUCUCUCUUGUGCAAACACACAUUAAUACAGUCAAGUUCAGUAUUUACUCUCAUUAUCAGUGUAUGACUUUGCCUAAUUUUUUUUCUAUGGAUGUUCACAAAUAUUUUAGUUAAAUUAACUUAUUUUUCAUUUGGUAAAUCUGACGUUUACAUUUUACAGUAUAUUACUGUUUUUCCUUGACUUGACGGCAAAAAACUGUAGAAAACCCCCUUUUUUUUGCUGGCAACCAUUAAUUUACGGCAAGAAACAGUAGAAAAACAGUUAUUUACUGGCAGCAGGGGUGCCAGUAAAUAACUGUUUUUCUACAAUUUGUUUCCUGUAAAUUAAUUACAGUUUAUUACUGUUAAAUUAUGUUUCAUUCUGUUUUUUCUUCAUCUUAAAUCUUUAACCCUUUAAACCCCACAAGAAAAUCCUCAGUUUUAAAUGAACACUUAUAAUGUGUGCACACUACAGAGUGUUAGAGUAACACUGAAUCAGUGAAGUUAAUGAGAUAAUUCGGUGAUUAAUUGAUGAUUGAGCAUUAGUGAUAAACACCUGCAGAAUCACUGAAGGAAAGAGAAACACAAGAACUACAAAUGACUUCAGCCACAGGCUUAGAUGAAAUCAACUGAAUAAAAGAAUACAUCAAAUCUCUCAAGAUCUGAUUAAACAACUUCUAAAACAGCUUCACCAGAUUCACAUUACUAACCAGACUGACUUUAUUUCUGUCAGAUGUCUACAGAAGAACUUAUGGAGAGUUAAAUAGGUUUAGGUGUUUUUUUCACUACCAUGAUGGAGAUCAGUGUUUACUUUAGUUGGGCUCUUGAACGUGACUUUUCAACAACUAAGGUUUUUUUUUUUUUUCAUGCUGUAACAAUGCGCCUUUGGAACCUGUUAUAGCAAAACAAAAGUACACAGAAGAAAAUAAAUCUGAUAUUGUUGUCUGUAGAUUGACAAGAACAAAUACUAUUAAUUCUGAUCUAAUCCCAUAUCUCUUCUCUUAUUGAAUAUUGAUACUACAGCAUGAGAAGGAACACUGCUGAGCCAUAAGUUAUGAAAGACUGUUAAGAAAAUGUCACUCAUAAUAAAUAAAAAAAACCUUUGCUGAAAUUUAGACAGAAAUAUCAAGAAUCAGCGUAUGAAUCACAACAAUGGUGACAAUCCACAAAAUAAAUGAACAGAUCAGUUCUGAACAUCACAACACAUGCUACUAAAACUUAAAACAAAUGCAAAAUUAUAAGCACAUAAGAAUUCAAGAAAAUAAGUGAACAAUUCAGGGGCAUCAUUUAUUCAUGCCGCAAUGCAUGCUGGGAAUCAUGGAUGAGUUUUAUCCUGUGCUGGUACCCAGCAUGCAUUGCAUCAUGAACCUUUUGAUUGUCACCAUUGUUGAGAUUCAUAUGCUGAUUGUUGAUUUCUCUCUUUGAGUGUUGUGGGGACUGCUGCCCGAAAUACUUUUUAACUAAAACUAGUCGUUAGAUCCAUAAAUACUGGUUAUCUCACUACUUUUCAAUCUUACUAAAUUGAAGUGUCAUUGACUCAAAUAUUUCAACACCAAAUUAAUAUUUGAUUAUUAUAGCAACACUUUAAGUCAGUCUAGUAGAUCAUGCCUGUUAGAAACAACCAUAAUCACUUGACUAUCAAAAUUAAUACUGCUGUAACAGAUGCAUCAUAAAGAUACAAAUACAGCAAUAAAACAAAAUGUAAAGUGUAAAAGUCAAUGGUCAGGAGCCCAACUAAAGCAAACACUGAUCUCCACAAUGGUGAUGCUAAACGAAACAGUAACAUUAUCAUCUAAAUCUCUUUAAUUCUCAGUAAGAUCUUUUGAUCUCUGUUCUCUGAUCUGACAGAAAUAAAGUCAGUCUGGUUAGUAAUGUGUUAAGUUGGUGAAGCUGUUUGUUGAUCGUUUAAAUCUUCAGUUGAUUUCAUCUAAGGCUGUGGCUGAAGUCAGUUGUAUUUCAUGUGUUUGUCUUGUUAUGUUUUUUUCUUCUUCAGUGAUUCUACUCAUUAACAGCAGCUGUUGAUCAUUGUCUGAAUUCACUCAUUAGUGUUCAUUCUCUCUGUCAGGUGGACUAUAUUAGUAAACUCAUGUAGGGAAUAGUGAAUGAGGGUGUAGGGUGUGAUUUGAAACACAGCCGCUGAGUGUCGACUUUGAACGUUGUUAAUUUACGAUAUAUAGCAGCAGGCUACUUCUCGAAAACGAUGAAUAUUACCCAGAAUGCACUGUUUAAAUGAAAAACAGUAUUUUACUGUCGAAAUUUGGCCAUUUUUUUACAGCGAUUUUUAACAGUGUACCCACUUCUUUCCUCUCUUUCCAAGGCUUACCUAACAGUUCCAGCAACUUCUGUUCCCAGUGAACGUGUUUUUUCUACAGCAGGGGAUAUUGUGUAUGCUCAAAGAUCCCAGCUUCUGCCAGAAAAUGUAGAUAUGUUGGUUUUUCUGCAAAAAAACCUGUAGGUAAACUAAACAAACCUAGUGUCUAUGUUUGAACUUAUUUGAACAGAAAACCUUUGAACCUUUUUUUUUAUACUGCUUUCAGAAGUUCUGUCUUAGGUUUCUUAAUUCUAAGUUCAUGUUAAAUAAAAAAAAUUAAACAAAUCAGUGACAGUCAGACCUAUUCAGUUGGUAAUUUGAGUACAGAAAGGUUUUUAUUAAACCUUGAAAUUUGAUAUUUUAUGUACAACACAGAAAGUUGUUGAAAUUUGUUUGUUUUUGAAAUAAAUCUGUUAUUUAAAUUUCAGUUUCAUUUUUUUAAAUGUUGUUCAAAAUAUCGUGAUAUGCAUCGUAUCGUGAACCCAGUAUCGAGAUACAUACCGUAUCGUGACCCAAGCAUAUCGUUACACCCCUAGUCGUCAGAGUUCAUUAUUGCUUGUUAAGUGAAGAAGACACGACAUGGUUUCUGCGCUGAUGACACCUAAUUUAUUUACUUUAUAUCUUCAAGACUUAAAUCCUCGUAUGCACAUUAUUGCUGUUACUGUUUUUGGGUGCGUUGUUGCAAAACUUAAUUGUAAACAUUUCAUGAUUAUGAGGUUUUUAACUGACUGAAGUUAUGAUUACUGACAUUAUAUAUUUGAAUGUUUGAUAGACGUCAUUACAUUACAUCAUCACCAAUGACAUCAUUAUGUAGAGCGUAAAAGAACCGGUGAACCGUUUUUUUUCAACCAGUUUUUUAAUCGAACCGUCCGAAAGAACCGGUUCGCGGAAAAGAAUCGAAUUUCGGAUCACUACAUCAAAGCAUAGACAGUAAAAGAAAUGGACACUGCGACCCCAUUGGAUUCAACGGAGAAAAAUGAAGUCAAUUAGAAGCACUUACUUGCUGUGGGUGGAGCGUACUGAGCAGACUCAAAAUGAGCUUGAUGACGUAGAUGUCACGUGAGCAACCUGUAAGUCUUCUAAUCGCUGUGCCAAGAGAAAUCUGAAUCACCCACCGAAUCUUCCAGAGAAGGCGAGUGUGAACAGGAGCAAGUUUUGGUUGAUUAAUUAUCUCUCUUGACUUUAUGCCUCC